UGCAUCCAUCCAUUGUCAUUCACAAGCAUGAAACUGGAAAUCAUAGAGCACAUGGUUCAAAUGGCAUUUAAGCUAAAUUGAAAGGGUACAACUGCAAAAUGUGCUGUGAAAUAUUCCCUCUGUCAGCAACAACCAGAGAAACUGAGUCAGAGAGUUUGCAGAAACGAGUAAAACGUAUUUAAUUUUCACAGCCUCCAAGCCAAACCCAUCCUCCCAUUCUUUACUUUCUCCCUCUGCUGUGCCGUCGACAUUCAUUCGCUCCAAACCCUAGAAAAUAUUGACCUAUUUUGUUGAUGGGUUCACCUUACAAACCCAGGACUCGCAUUUACAAGGCCUAACUGACCCCAGUUUCAGCUCCGACCCACUUCGGCAAUGGCCGCGGAUUUCUUGCUCAGGUACUACAUAGCACUAGCUUUACUCAUUUUCCACCUCAAUGUCUUAUGCGCCGACCAAGUUUCCUCUUUUUCCUUCAAAAGUUUUGUUAAAGAUCCGAACUUUAACUCCAACAUUUCAUUAUACGGGGAUGCUAAGGUUGUUAAUGAUGAGUCUUCAGUUCAACUUACUAACUCUGUUAGUUCAAGUGCUGGGCGAAUCAUGUAUAAGAAACCCAUCAAGCUUGUUGUUGAAGGAAAGCCUAGGAAUUUAGCUUCUUUUUCAACGAACUUCUCCUUUUCGAUGUUUAAGGAAAAUGGUGAUGGUUUGGCUUUUGUUAUGGUUCCAAGUGGUUUAGAUUCUAAUGGGUUUGGCGAUAGCUCAUUUGGGCUUUCUCAAGUGUUGGAAAAAGAUAAAUAUAGAGUUAUCGCUGUUGAAUUUGAUACUUUUAGAGAUGCCAAGUAUGGUGAUCUGAAUGACAAUCACGUGGGGAUUGAUGUGGGUAGUCUUUCAUCGAUUAAAGCCAGCAAUGUUUCAUCUCACAACCUGUGGUUGAAUAGUGGUAAAAAAUUGACUUCUUGGAUAGAUUAUGAAGCCAAUUUGGAGAGAUUAGAGGUGAGGUUGAGUCAUUUUGGUGAUAGCAAGCCUUCUGAUCCAUUGCUCUGGUAUCCAAUUGACUUAUCAGAAGUGUGGAAAGAUGAGGAAGUUUACAUGGGCUUUAGCUCUUCAAAUGGGAACUGUACCCAGAUAUGUUCUGUGUACUCAUGGAGCUUUAAUCUAAGGCGAGUUCCACAUUGGAUGCAUUCCCAGCCAUUGGAUCCUGAAACUGUUGUUAAGAACACAAAAACACCCCUGGCUGCCCCCAAGCGGAGUGAUUGCUUACUGAGAGUGCUUGCUGCUCUGAUUCUUGGCGCUGCUGGUGGAGCUCUGGGAGCAUCUAUUGUGAUGUAUUUAUGGGCCAUCUUCGUAAAUGGGCGUCCGGUUGUGCCUGUGACGCCUGAGGAGUGUGCCAUGCGCCCUGUGGAUUUCGAGUGUAAGAAGGUUGUAGCAUCAGUAGAUAAACCUAUCGAAGAUAGCAAAAAAUUAGAUUGGUAGAUGGAUCGUGUUGCAAGGUAUGUGAUGUAAAUUCAUCUUCGUUUUGUACUUGUAGUUGCAGUUUUGUUGUGUGAUUGUAACUGAUGAUCAGUUGUGAAAAAAAUUAGUUUUGACAAUGAGCAACACUAUCUACGCCUAGUAUUGAGAAUCCAAUUGGAUACUUGGAUUAUGUGUCAUUAUGAAAUUGGAUGUUGCUUUAUGGUUAAUUCAAUAUCAUCCAAUUAUAUGAUAACACAUCAUUUAGAUAUCCAA